GAGUCUGAAGCAGCUGUACUGGGACGUGUUUUUAUUCGAUUAAUUGGAUAUUUCUACAAAAAUGGCUAUGUGAGAAGAUAACAAACAAGGAAACUAGAUGUGAAACGCGUAAACAAUAUGUCUAGCCGUCGGUCUAUGCUCGGUUCGGCGCUUGACUCGUUGCCAGCUCCCACAGAUCCGCUCCGCGAAUUAUUCGAGGCUUGCAAAACAGGCGAUGCAGCGAGAGUGAAAAAACUUAUUUCACCUCAAACAGUGAAUGCUAGAGAUACAGCUGGAAGAAAAUCUACUCCCCUACACUUCGCUGCAGGUUAUGGGCGCAGAGAAGUGGUAGAGAUUUUGAUUUCCGCUGGUGCAGCGCUUCAAGCGCGUGAUGACGGUGGUCUGCAGCCGCUGCACAACGCCUGCUCAUUUGGCCAUGCAGACGUUGUGAGAGCUCUCUUGACGGCCGGAGCGGCACCCGCCGCAAGAGACAAUUGGGGCUACACGCCGCUGCACGAAGCUGCUGCUAAGGGAAAGGUUGAUGUUUGCAUUGCACUGCUUCAGCAUGGCGCCGAUCCGAAUAUAAGAAACACCGAGGGCAAGACUCCGCUAGAUCUCGCCGACGCCGCCACCAGACCUGUCCUGACAGGGGAGUACUGCUCCGCGGAGGUGCUGGAAGCGGCUCGGGCCGGAGCAGACGAGCGUUUAGCGGCGCUACUAACUCCGCUCAAUGUGGACGUGCACGCUGCAGACGGGCGUCGCUCCACGCCUCUACACCUGGCCGCCGGGUACAACCGCGCGCGCGCCGUCCGACUACUGCUGCAGCGGGGGGCUGAUGUGCACGCCAAGGAUAAGGGUGGUCUAGUGCCUCUUCACAACGCCUGCUCGUACGGACACUACGAGGUGACAGAGCUCCUAGUCCGCGCGGGUGCUGACGUGAAUGCCACAGAUCUGUGGGCUUUCACACCACUACAUGAAGCCGCCAGCAAGGCCAGGCUGGAGGUGUGUUCAUUACUAUUAAGCGAGGGCGCUGACCCCACGCUAUUGAACUGCCACGGGAAGUCCGCGCUAGAUGUAGCACCUUCGAGAGAACUGCAGGAGCGGCUAGCUUUUGAGUACCGGGGUCAGUGUUUGCUGGAAGCCUGUCGGUUGGCAGAGCCUGGUCGAGUCAAGAAGCAGCUGUCCACCGCCUCUGGUUCGCACCAGAGUGGUCACACGUCAAGCGGCGGCAGCACCCACUCGUUACCAGGCGAGUGUACAGCGGAGGCACUGGUCAACUUCCAACAUGUAGGGACUGGAGAUCGGCCCCUACACUGCGCAGCUGCCAGUGUCUACCCGAAACGGAAGCAGGUUAUGGAGAUAUUAAUAAGGAAAGGCGCGAGAGUGAACGAGAAGAACAAAGAAGGGCGGACUCCGUUACACGUCGCGACCGAGCACGCGCAUCUAGAUGCAAUGGACCUUUUGUUGAGGCACGGCGCGAAAGUGAACGCUAUGGAUGGCCGCGGCGAGAGCGCGUUGUCUGUGGCCGCCAGAAGGGACGCCACCGCCGCCUGCCGCCUGCUGCUGGCGUGCGGCGCGGACAGCCCGGAGUCGUCGGCGGGUGCGGGGGCGGCGGCGCGGCUGCUGGAGGCGGCGCGGGCCGGGGACGCGGACGGGGCGCGCGCCCUGCUGGACGCCCGCCCGCGGCUCGUCAACUGCAGGGACCUGGACGGACGCCACUCCACGCCGCUGCACUUCGCGGCCGGAUAUAAUCGACUACCCCUCGCUCAGCUGUUGUUACAACGAGGGGCGGACGUACAUGCGAAAGAUAAAGGCGGCCUGGUGCCGCUGCACAACGCGUGCUCGUACGGGCACUACGAGGUGACGGAGCUGCUGGUGGCGGCGGGCGCGGGGGUCAACGCCGCCGACCUGUGGCGCUUCACGCCGCUGCACGAGGCCGCCGCCAAGGGCAAGGCCGACAUCGUGCGGCUGCUGCUCAAGCACGGAGCAGACCCCAGCAGAAGGAACCGUGACGGUCUGACGCCGCUGCAGCUGGUGAGGCCCGGGGACUCGGACACCGCGGACGCGCUGCGCGGAGACCAGGCCCUGCUGGACGCUGCCAAGAGGGGGGACCUCGCGCGGGCCAGGAAACUAAUAACGCCACAGAAUGUAAAUUGUAGAGACGCGCACGGAAGGAAUUCUACGCCUUUGCAUUUAGCUGCCGGCUACAACAACCUGGAGGUAGCGGAAGCCUUGCUAGAGGCCGGGGCUGCGGUCUCGGCCCGCGACAAGGGCGGACUGGUGCCCCUACACAACGCGGCCUCCUACGGACAUCUGGAGUUGGCUGCGUUGCUCCUGAGGGCGGGGACACCGCCCAACGCAGCAGAUAGAUGGGGCUUCACACCGUUACACGAAGCGGCGCAUAAGGCUCGGACUCAGCUCUGCGCUUUACUGCUGGCGCACGGCGCGGACCCGUACCUGAAGAACCAAGAAGGGCAGACGGCGGUGGAGCUGGCCGGAGCCGAGGACGUGCGGUCGCUGCUGCAGGACGCGAUGACUGCCGCCGCGGACCACCCGCCGCCCCCGCACCAUCAGCGCCCCCCCGCGCCCCCGCCCGCCCCCGUGCUCAUGCCCAGCGGGGACACCGUGCCGCUCACCAUGCCGGUGGUACCAAGCAACUACUGGGCGGAGGGCUCCAGAGGGAGUCUAGAAGACGCCGCGGGUAGACCUGCAUCAGCUCUGUCUACCUCGGAGUCACUACAGACGUUCCUAUCCAGCAUCGGUCUGGAGCAGUUGUCGUCUGUGUUGGAGCGCGAACAGAUCACAGUCGAUAUAUUGUCGGAGAUGUCGCACGAGGAUCUGCGGGCGGUGGGCGUGGCCGCGUACGGGCACAGACAUCGACUACUGAAAGCCGCCAGGCAUUCCCUGCACUCAGCCGCCGAGUGGUAUGGCGGCACUACGCUGGUGGAAGUGACGCCGGGUGGUGAAGGCGAGUGUUCAGGAGAGAGCGAGUACGUGAUACUCGAGAGGGAGAUGCAAGCAUCUGUACGCGCGCAUCGCGAACACCAGGGCGGAGUGUUUACGCACUACCACGUCGUCAGGAUACAGAAGAUAGUGAACGGUCGUCUGUGGGAGCGCUACCAGCACCGGCGGCGCGAGGUGGCCGAGGAGGCCGGGUCGGCCAACGAGCGUAUGCUAUUCCACGGCUCGCCCUUCAUCAACGCCAUCGUACAGAAGGGCUUCGACGAGCGGCACGCCUACAUCGGCGGUAUGUUUGGCGCGGGGAUAUACUUCGCGGAGCACUCUUCUAAGAGCAACCAGUACGUGUACGGAUUCGGCGGCGGCUCCGGCUGUCCGACGCACAAGGAUCGCAGCUGCUACGUGUGCCACAGACAGAUGCUGCUGUGCCGGGUGACGCUGGGGCGCGCGUUCCAGCUGGUGAGCGCGGCCAAGAUGGCGCACGCCCCGCCCGGACACCACGCCGUCGCCGGCCGACCCUCCUCCGGCGGACUCUGCUUCCCGGAGUACGUCGUCUACCGCGGAGAGCAGGCGUAUCCGGAAUACCUGAUCACGUAUCAGAUAGUGAGUGCUGACAGUAACACCGGAGCGGUGUAGUGACAAACGGACAGUAAACGAUGUAUGGACAACCGUUAAGUAAUCCAAAAGUAAUAUAGCAUAAAGUGCAAAUUUGAUUGUUCAUAACGAAUGAUCAAAUACUUGACAGUUUUAAAAAAUCUUGUACUCACGAGUACUCAUGAAUACAAGUAACAGUAUAGCGAUGUAUGGACAACCGUUAAGUAACCCAAAAGUAAUAUAGCAUAAAGCGCAAAUUUGUUUGUACAUAAAAUUUUAUCAAAUACUUGAAAAAUAUUAUACUAGCGAACACAAAUGAUUGCUCCGAACCCGCGACCAUCAGAAAGGCGAUGUUACACCGCCAGACCACCGAGGUAAUAAUAAUGUCAAUACUUUUGUAGUAAGAGCGAUGUAUCAGUAAUAGGCCUUGUUUAAAGUAGAAUCAGUUCCUAAAUAAUCCGGCUCGAAGGACCAUAGUUAUUUAUUUAUUCAAUUUAUACAAUAUAAACUUUCAGCUAAUUCCAACACAUUUGAAACUAU